CCCGACUUUCAUAAUAGUCCCAUAAGUCUUCUACAUUAUGCCUGCUAUAAAUCGAGAAGUUCUUCGCAUUGCCUCUGCUUCUGGUUCUGUGACGGACCGCAGAGGCGGAUUUGCCGAUCUUGCCCGCCACGAAGAUGUCGACUUCAUUGUCGGCGAUUGGAUGUCCGAGUAUAACAUGACCACGCGAGGGGGCUCAAAAGUCAACAAUAACUCCUUAAGCUCUGAAUUCGAGGAGUGCUUUCUCGAAUCCAUCGAACCAGCCCUUGCUGCAUUGGUUGCUAACAAGAUCAAGGUUGCGGUCAAUGCUGGAGCUAGUGAUACUGAGAAGCUAUACCAUGCGCUGUCAGAAAUGGUCAAGAAUAAAGGCUUGGAUCUAAAGAUUGCGUGGGUGGGUGGUGAUGAAGUGAUAGAUGUUGUGCAGGAGGCCAUAAAAUCGGGAGAGUCAUUUCGAAGCCUUACUACUGGCAAGAAUAUUUCUGAAUGGGGACACGAACCGAUGUACGCUCAAUGCUACUUAGGAUGUUGGGGUAUAGUAGAGGCUUUCAAUGCAGGAGCCGAUAUCGUACUGUGCGGCCGAGUUGCAGAUGCUUCUCCAAGUAUUGCCUGCGCUGCCUAUACCUAUAAGUGGCAGAGGGAGGACCUCAGCCAGCUUGCACAUGUGUUUGUAGCAGGCCACUUCUUAGAGUGUUCAACCUACGUCACCGGAGGCAACUUUUCUGGGUUUAAGAGCCUGCCGGGCAAGUCAUUAAGUCUCAGCUUCCCCAUACUCGAGAUCGAGUCUGAUGGAACCUUCAUCGUUACUAAGCAGUCAGGUCGUGACGGCAUGGUUACUAUCGAUACCUGCAAAGCACAGCUCUUAUACGAAAUACAAGGACCUUAUUACUACAAUUCAGACGUAGUUGCAGAUCUAACGAACAUAAAAAUCGAAUCUGUGGGUCAGGAUAGAGUGAAGGUGAGCAACGUUGGCUUCACAAAGCCACCUCCGACGACCAAGGUUGGUAUCACGGCGAAAGGGGGCUUUCAAGCCGAAGUGCAUUACUUUGCCUGUGGACUUGAUAUCGAGGAGAAAGCAGCACUCCUUGAGCGACAGGUUCGAAGUACCUUGGAUGUUUCCCGCUAUCACACUCUUAAAUUCCGCAUAAACGGUUCAUGCCCGUCUAAUCCGUCGAACCAAGACGCCGCAACCGUCGACUUCAGGAUUUUCGCGCAGGCGAAAGAAGAAAGCGCACUCUCAGUGUCAAACUUUCUCCGCCCCUGUACAGACGUGAUCAUGCAGAGCUAUCCAGGGGCGACCUUUGCUGUCGACGCCCGUCAAGCUUUGCCAAAGCCAUACUAUGAAUACUGGGUUGCCUUGCUUCCACAGAGUAGCGUGAAGCAUGAGGUGCAUCUCCCCUUCACCGAAAAGACGAUCGCGGUAGCGCCACCCACCGACACCGCAGAGUUUCUAUACGCGCAACCGACGUAUGAAACGCCGAACCCGGUAGCUAUGGGCUCGUGGGGACCAACUACUGUUGCACCGAUAGGCUACGUCGUGCACGCAAGGUCGGGUGACAAAGGUUCAGAUGCUAAUGUGGGCUUCUUCGUUCGGAACACCGACGAGUGGGACUGGUUACGUUCGAUACUCACCAUCCAACAAGUGCAGAAGAUGUUGGACGACGACUUCGAAGGAAGUCCCAUUAUGCGGUUUGAGCUUCCUAACAUUCAAGCCGUGCAUUUCCUACUCAAGGACCACUUGGACCGCGGAGUGUCCUCGAGCUCCACAUACGACGUGCUAGGCAAGAACGUGGCAGAUGGCAAUGGCCAUCGUUCUGAUCCUUCCCCUUCCACAUCUGUUUCUCUUGCUACUACGUCCAAGCGGCGCGUCAGGACUGUCUCUAGCCUCACACAGGAGCAGGUUCGCAAGAAGCGCGACAAUGACCGCGAGGCUCAGCGCGCAUUCCGAGAGCGCACCAAGAUGCGCAUCCACGUGCUAGAAGACGAACUUGCGGCGCUUAAGGCAGAGCGUCGAGAGCUCGAGGGGUCCAAGGCGAGCGAGCUCCAAGUCUUGAUUGACGACAACAGGGCUCUCAGGAGUCAGAUGCAGAGGCUCACGCAACUUGCUCGCCCUCUGAUGUUGUUGCUGGCUUCCAAGCCUGACGACGCCGCGGAUGGGGUGGAUCAUGUCUUGCAACCCUCUCCAGCUGGCGACAAUCCGACGGGAAAUUCUAGCGCCACCCAUGCCGUGACCGAUGGUCUCGUCGAUGCGACCAAAGCCUGGCCAUCACCUAGUACGCAAUCAAAUAUGCAGUGCGCAGCAAAAGAAAUCGAAGGCACACGGCCACAUCCUUCCCAAUGUUCAUCGCAAUAUAACGCAAUAAUGACACCGACGUCAAAUGUCGUUCGAGAACAUCAACAGCAAGGAUGGUUUCGAGUUAGAAACAAUGAUCAUGAACGACACGCUAUGGGGAACAUUGCCCAGGAUGUAGAUAUGGGCGUUGAGAAUCAAGCCGCUGCCCAAACUUGCGCAUAUACGGAAUCAAUGCCACAAAGUGCUGGGUUUUCACCAUCCGGCAAUGAUUACGUAGCUCAAGACGACCGAUCAUUCACGUCAACGACACGCCAGCCACAAGAGGACACACGCUACGGUAUUGCGACGACAGAUGGAUCUCAUGACCCUCAUAUCACUUACUAUAAUGGGUUCAAUAGUAGGCAGCCUAUAGCAAACCGAGAUGCGGACUUUGCAGAUGAUUAUCUCGAUGGAGUGAUGACAAAUAUGUCCUCGUCAAAAAACCAUGCUGCUCCUCAAGGUCCAACGGUGUCUAGUAACUCAACAAUCCCGCCGUUCACUUGGGCGCAUCCUGAACCAAACAAAAAUAUUACAAUGUCUACUAUACUUCCGAAGCAUAUGGAGGCUACGUGUCCACUUGAUCAGAUUCUCCUGGAUUUUCUAACUUCCCGGAGGCUUCUUGCAGCCCAAGGAACACCAGCAUCUGUAUUAGUUGGACCUCUAAACCCGUCGAUAACGGGCCUAGUAAACCCAAGUUUCAAGGGCUCGGCUCACGCUGCAAUUCGAGUGAUGGCAGACGUUGUCUCUACAUUCAAGGAUACCAAGCUUCAGGAGCAGUUAGGAUUCUUUUAUAUCAUGUACUCUACUAUGCGGUGGCAAAUCGCCCCUACAGAUGAAACAUUCGAAAGCCUCCCAUUAUGGCUACGCCCAACUAUUUUCCAGGUCAUAGUUCCACAUGCAGCCUGGAUAGACAAUAUACCUUGGCCCCGGAUUCGAGAUCUUCUGAUACAAAAUCCAACAAAGUACACCUUCCGCGAUUUCUCGGAACUAUAUGCCAGCAACGUAAACCUGAACUGGCCAUUUGAUGCAGCAGACGCAGUAAUGCCAAAGACAGACAGUAGUGGCGAACUCAUGAUGAAUCCAUUAUUUGAAAAACACAUACGAAAACUAGAGUGCUGGUCCGUCAGCGAGCCGUUCAAAGAGCGGUUUCCUGAAUUUGCUGCAGCCAUCGAGGAUAAGUAG